AUGUUAAUCGCUCGCCGUUUCUCAGUCACCAACUUCGUCAUCGCAUCCUCCGCCCUCGCCUUCCAGGUCUUUGUCCUGUACCCGUGGCACAACAAGCUCGACGAGGAUUUCGAGAAACUGAAGCAAGAGAACACCAGGCUCUUGGCAGAGGUCGAGAAAUCACGUCUUCAGGAUCUCAAGGAGAUCAAGGAAUCCUUCAGCAAACUGCGCGCUGCGAACUAG